CAUCGUUAACAUAACCUUUUCCCGAUGGAUUUUUGGGGCAUCCCUACUUCUACAUUAUAAGGUACCAUCUUUAUAUAAACUUUUUCCUUUUUUUUUUAAUUGAAAAGAGGCUCGUAGAAAUUUGGAUUUCAUAUCUCCUCGUUGACGGUUUAGAGAGAGCAAGAAGGAAGAGCUGGGCUCAUAGCCAGUGUUUACGGAGAGAGGAAGAAGGAAGUGGUCAGGGCUUUACAAACCCUAAUGGAAGUGGCUCUAACUGAUUUUUAGAAAGAGAAAAGGAAGAUGGGAUGCUGAUUUGGAAUAGUUUGAAGAGGGUUUUUCUCUCUGAUUUGGGAUGUUUCUCUCAAACCAUACUGAUUUGUCAAGACGCCCUAACUGAUCCAUACUGAUUUUUAGAGAGAGAAAAGAAAGAGGGAUUUCCAUUUUCAUGGGGAAACAGCAAGCAGAGCUGAAGGAUUAGGUUUGGGGAACUUUGCUUUGCUCCUGAACAUAAUCAUCAGAUUGGAAGUAUGGAGUGGAACAUAAUCAUCUGGUUGGAGCUUUGUCGAAGCAAAAGAUUUCAUGGAUAUAUACUUAUUUGUUGAAAAUAUUGGACCCCUUUCUUCCUUACCUUGAAACCUUUAUCCUGCUGAGGAAAGCAACUGACCAUGGAGAGUAGUAUGUGUUGCACCAGAUGUGGGGCCAUUGGUUUCUCUGUUACAGAUGAUAGUCUCUAUUUUUGCCUCUCUUGUGGCACACAAUCUCAAGAUAUAUUUGAGCAAGGGAUUGAUAUUGAUAUGUGUGGUCUCUAUAAACACGGCAAUUCUAGAAAAAUAGAUUGCACCCAGAUCUCUGAAAAUGAACACGAGAUCAAAACCCUAGCUUCACUUCAGAUGCUCAAUAGGAGCCAAGAAGAUCAAGAUUAUGGUAAAUCUUCUGUUUUCUUAGAGAGUGAGAAAGUUGAGGAAGGAUGUCCUGCGGAUUUUGGAAGCCAAAAUAAAAAACCAGGCGAUGAAGACAUUGCAGAGGGCUUGAGGCUGAAAUACGUGGAAGGGAUUCAGAUCAUGAUUCAGUUGCAGUGUGAGGCUCUCGUGGAGAAGUUCGGUGUGAGCCCAUUGGUUUGUGGCUUGGCUGGACCUAUUUGGAUGAGGUAUCUUGCGUCGACUAAGGUUUUGGAUGAGGAAUGGGCCAAUGAAGAGAUUAUUGCUUCUGAAACCUGCUCUGCAAGAAAAGGAGAGAGAGAAAAGGAAGUAUCAAAAUAUGUCAGGUUAUCUCUAGAGCCCCGCACUCUGCAUGGUAGAAAAGUAAUAAAUGUGUGUCUUAACUCCCUCAAAAGCAAGGUACCAGUAGCGAACACUUUAGCUAUUUGUUUUCUGGCUUGUCAUUUAUCCAGAGAGGCUAUUCUACCCACCGAUAUAGCUAAAUGGGCAUUGGAGGGAACAAUUCCAUAUUUGGCGGCUUUUAUCGACAUUGAUAAACGCUUGAGUAAAUCCUCAAAGGCGUGCCGGUUGAGCUCAAGAUUGUUGUUCUGGCCUAUGCGAGCGGUGGGGGCUGAGUGGAUAGAGAAAGCUGCUGCCACUGUUGCUCAAAAUAUAGGAUUGCACCUUCCUGCUGUGAAUUUCUAUUCAAUUUCUUAUCGGUAUCUCAAAAAUUUAUCGCUUCCAGUUGAUGGAAUUCUUCCAUAUGCAUGCCGAAUAUAUGAAUGGUUGAUGCCCCCUGAUUUACUAUUGUCAUCGAAUGACUGCCGGCUUCCAACUCGUGUUUAUGUUUUGGCCAUAUUGGUCAUAGCAAUCCGCCUGUUAUACAAUAUAAAUGGGCUAGGGCAUUGGGAGAAAAGCUUGCCUGGUUUUCAUAGCAAUUAUUCCUUGGAUGAGCAGGAUGACAAACGUGAAAUGGAAAAUGACUUUCCCCAUACUGAAAAUGGCCAAUUUGAUGGCUCUGCAACUGGAAAAACUGCCAACUUGACAUCCACCCCACCUUAUCAGAGUUCUGAACUGGAUGCUAGUGAAUUGUUGCAGCACCUUGAGACCACUUAUGACAAGAUUAUUCUUGGACGCGGUUACUCGAAGGACAUGGAAACUUACCUUAAAUACUGUAAGGAUGUUGUAUUUGCUGGAUUAGCACCAUCAGAUACUGAGAAGCAGAUAAUAUCAUACUUCUGGAAAAUUUAUGAGGAACAAGAUCAGGGUGCAACAACUCCACCUGAACAUACAGAAAGCUCAUUGAGAUAUCAAAGUUCGAGACAUAGGGAAAGUGCAGAAGUAGAAGGGCAGACAAAGCAUGACUGUGAGAUUGAAGCAACUGGAGCUAUUGGAAAGCUAAUAUUGGAUAUGGAAGCGAACGGUUUUUGGUACCUUAGGCCCAGAUUACAUCCCCGAACCAAGGCUUAUCUUAUCUAUCGGAGGAAGGUGGUUGAUAGGAAGUAUGAAUACUUGGUCCAUGCAGAUUACUACAUAUUGCUCCGGGCAUUUGCACGGCUCGGUCAGGUUAAUCCUCGGACCUUGCAUUUGGCCUUGUUGAGGCUGGAGAAGAGACUAUACUGGAUUGAGGACCGGAUAGAUAAAAAUCUGCAUGCUUUGUCCAACAUACACAGUUGAACUGUGAAUGCGGGAGAGGAAAUUUUGUUGAUGCUCUUGUUUGUAGUGUCUGGGUUCAAGAACAGAACCUCAAGGUUGAAUUAUGAGCUUGAACCCUGAAAAGUUUGUACUGGUGAAACCGACGUUUUGGGAAUAGAUCGAGAUCCAAUAAAGAAAGAUGAGGAUACCCUUCUUUACUCUUCUAGAGAUGGAUCAGUGCAGAUUUCUCUGACUUACAUCGGUGUACAAGGUUAUUUGUGAAUUACUUUUUUCAAUCUUAAGUUGGGCGUGCUCACAUGUAAUAUAUUUUCAUGUUUUGGGUGCUAGCCCUUUAUUCUAAUGGCUAUUAAAAAAAAAUGAUUUCAAGCCCUAAA